GAGACACGAUUUCAGUUCAAAGCGGUGUGCCUUGUGAUUAUGGUGCUGUGCCUCAUUGUUGGAUGUGGGACUAAUGAUUCAGAAUAUGGGUUUAUCAGCUCAACAAGACAGGCUAUUACUUCAACUUGUCAUGCAUCUACUUCGGCUUCACUCGGCGUAUGAGCGUUAGGACUGUUCUCACGUGUUUCUGUUGCUACAUCGGGUUGUGGGCACGUUUCCAUUGACACAAUAAUCUCUUUUUGCUUUUUUCGCCGAGCGAAAAUAAAUGUCUUUCACUUGCGCAAAAGGAACUGUGGAUGGAAACUUGGGAGGAAGCCAUGAACAUGGCAACUCCGUCGGGCGAUGUCUGCCUUUACAUUGUGAUUCAUUUCAAGUUCCUCUCAGAUCAGAUGUCUUCCCCAGCCUCCAGUAUCCCUCCUGUCCUCCUGAAUACGGGGCUUCCGAUGCCCUUCCUGGGUCUAGGGACCUACAAGUUGGUGGUUCUGGAGGACGUGUGCCGGGCUGUGGACGCAGCGCUGGGUUCUGGUUAUCGGGCCUUUGACAGCGCAGCCGUCUACCGGAAUGAAGCUCAACUGGGCCGAGCCUUGAAGGAGCUCCUCCCCAAACAUGGCUUAACCAGAGAGGAUGUAUUCAUAACCAGUAAGCUGGGCUCCAGUGAUCAGGGCGAGAAAGCCAUGGAAGCAGCCCUGCAGAGCCUGUCUUUGCUGGACUUGGGUUACAUUGACCUCUACCUGAUCCACUGGCCUGGCACAGAGGGUCUGGAUGUGGCUGACCAACGCAACCCAGUUCACCGAUCUCAGAGUUGGGCCACGCUGGAGGAGCUGCACGCCCAGGGGAAGCUGAAGGCCAUCGGAGUGUCAAACUACACAGCAGCACACAUGAGAGAACUGAUGCAGAGCUGCAAAGUCCCACCUGCAGUGCUACAGGUAGAGUUUCACCCCAAGCUGUGCCAGACAGAGCUGAGGAAAGUGUGUGAGGAGUAUGGAGUGUGUUUCCAAGCGUACUCCUCCUUAGGGAAAGGAGAUCUGGUCACUGACCCAGUGGUCUUGGAGGUGGCAAAGAACUGUGAACGCACCACUGGACAGGUCCUCUUGCGCUGGGCCGUGCAGCAGGGCGUCCCAGUGAUCCCGAAAUCUUCAAAUCCAGAGCGAAUAAAGGACAACGCCAGGCUUUUUGACUUCACACUGAGCGACUCAGACAUGGACCGACUGUCAGCUUUGGACUGUGGGCGCAAAUACUGUCGGGAUGGAACACUAAUUGCUUGAUAAACCAUUAGUAAAAUACUAAUAAUGCUAUGGUAUAGCACUCAUACUAAGCAAGACAAAGUAUUUUACACAGUUUCAUUUAAUGUGUUGCUUACUAAUCCUCCCCCAAAAUUAUUUUCUGUUAACAAAUCCGUCACGUCUUCGUCUUUGGGCAAAUCCUGUAUUUAAAGAAUUUUUUCUUGUGUUCUAGCAAUUUUAAUUGUCAAUGAUUUACUAAAAAUAUGCAAUAAAAGAAAUGUCAUUUUCA